GAAAAAUGAAUAUUUUCUAGUCUAACCAAUUAUCACCUUUUAUAAAUCAAAAAGUAGUUAAGAAGGCCACAGUUCUUAUGCAACCAUCUCAAAUGAAGAAGAGUCAUGUGGAUGCAAAACCGAUAAGAUUUUUACAAUGGGACGAUAAUGCUAAGCAAAUCAAGUUAUGUUUGGACAUUAAGAAAUAUGUAUUUUAUACUAAUUUUGAAUUAGAAUUCACUUUUUAGAACGGGGCCUGCUUCUUUCGUUGUCUAUAUAGCUACACGGUCUGAAAUAAAUCAGCUGUCCAAAUUGAAUUUAGAUAAAAACCUACCUCUCAUAGACACAACGUUGUAAAAAGGUAUUUACAUUUGGAAUCAUGUGAUAUACAAUGAACAUAAGAACAUCUAAUUAUAUCAACUUUUAUGCAUAUUGGGAGAAUAGUUUAAGGAAAAACAGUUGAGAAGAUAAAGUUUGAAUUUGGUUGAGAACAGUAGUGUUUUUAUACAUGCAGAUACAAUUUUAAUGACAGUGGCCUCUAUUUUAGCAAGUGAAAUGGUAUUCCUUAUUAACAAUAAUGAUGAUGAGAUUUUGGAAACUUUUCAUUAAAUCACUAAACAUGAUGAAAAUCCUAACUACAAGUUACAAAUUAUCAAUUUGGUUGAAGGCUAAGGGUAGAGUAUAGAUCAAUAUAAAUGGUAUCAGAUCUAUGACAAUAUCAAAAUUACAAUAAUGGAAGAAUCUAGCUAUCUGAGUGCUUCAGGCUCAUCCUUUCUUGAUAAUCCAACUGACACUAUUAAUAACUGGGCAUUGGAACUUGAAAUGUCGUUACAGAAAAAGAUCUAUAGAAGUUAUGAAAUCGAUUUUUUGACUUUCUUCUCUAUUGCAGAGAUAAUUACUAAAAGUUCUAUGUCCGAGUUAGAUAAAAUUAAUGUUAUAGAAAAUAUGUAUGUCAUAUUAAUAUUUUCGGUAGUUUUUUGAAAGCCAUUCAAAAAUAAAUUAAAUAUGAGAAAGACUACAUAGAGAGCAUUUAUUAUAAGGAAAUCAGGGAGUUUUGCUCAAUUUCAGAAGAAGUCACAGUUGAUUCCUUAGCUUAUAAAUUGAAUCAAAUGAGAGAUCAAGCCAUGUCAUUGUAUUACGUUCAACUGAGUUAAUUCUAUGAUAAUCCCGAGUAUGAAAAGUGUUUACAAGUCAUCUAACAGAACAUUGAUUAAUUAGAGAUUGACUGUAUCAGAUACAAUUUCGAAUUGAUGGAUAUGUAUUCUUAUUUAAAUAUUUAGAACAUUUUAGUGAAUUAAGCUAAUAAAUUGACAAAAUUGAAAAAAAAUAUAAAGAUGGUUUCCCUGAUUCUUUCACUCAAUUCUUGACUGAGAUACUCAAAAUUCGAGAAUUUAGAGGAUUAAAAUACAAUAAUAUCAAAUCAAACUUUCAAAGCAGUUAUAAAUCCAAGAUAUACACAUUUAUCACAGACUUCAAUAAAUAAUAAAAAUUGCUCUAUGAGAAACGAAUGCAAACCUAAAAUGAAAAACAAUAUUAAUUCCUAAAAAUGAGAGACAAAGAAGUUAUGAGAGGAGUUGAGAUCCUUUAAAAUUACACAGAUUUAAUGAGGGAUGAAAUUGGAACACUCAAAAGUCUUAUUGAUGUACUUAAUUUCUAUAUAUUAAUUAGUUCAAUAAUCAAAUAAAUAUAUUUGUAAAACAUAGACAAGAAAUCAGAAAGUUAGAUGAUGAAAUACAAUAAUUAUAAUUAUAACUGAAUAAAAUUUAGAUUAAAAAAAAGUAAUAGUGA